AUGACUCGUAGCCGUAAGCCCGACACAAACCCGUUUUACUGGGAUGCACCGCCUCGCAAGAUCGAUAUGAAGAUUGUGCGACCCACGUACAAAGCAGCGGAGAUGACAUGUGCCAAAUUUAGCAACAGGGAUCACUUGUUUUUGAAGGAGACGAACAUGUUGCGAUACGCCAACUUGCUCUUCGGUGGCUUAGUCCGUAUCAAAGAUAUCGUUGUACGCGAAAUCGAGACGUGUGAAAUCUUACGCAAGCAUCCACAUCCUAAUAUUUGUCGCUACAAAGGAGUCGAUUAUAACCAGCACUUUGAAGUGACUGGUCUUCUGUUUGAUCGCUACGACACAAACUUACGGGACUUUGUACUAGAUCAACACCAUUUUGAUGUUCGGAAAUGCAUGCGGGACAUCUGGGAAGGUCUGGCACAUAUGCACUCUCUAGGUCUCGUGCACUGCGACAUCAAACCGUGUAACAUUCUGGUCAAUAUCGCAGCGCAACGCUUCGUCGUUGGUGACUUCGACUCUACGCACAGAAAUGGCGCACCAUUAGAAAUCAAGUGGGGAACGGAAGGCUGGACUCCAAGGGCAGGCCAGACAGAUGGUCGUGCGGCUUUCGAGAUUGACUUGUAUGCUUUUGAUAUGCUGAAGGCUUGGAUCAAGGCGAAAGGAAACGGAAAUCCGGUGAAGGGAAGUAGGUACAUGCGGACGAUGGAGAUCCUGGAGAGGGCGAAGAAGCAGAUUGAAGACCAGAACGAGAGGAGGAGGAAUGUGCAGUCCAAUUUAGGCGCGGCCACGGAAGCUUCUCGCGCACAGGUUUACAGGGCAAAGGUUGAAGUACCGCGCAAGAUGCAAUUGAGUGUUUCAUCUGAUGCCAAAAGGGCAGAAGCUAAGCAGAUUCGUAGGGGGGACGAAAUGCGCCUGAGGUUUUAUGGAUAG